AGGAGGGGAGUGGUGUCGGGGAAGGGGGGGAAUCUGGGCAGCGGCCGGGCUCUGUGGCUUCAGGGCUCGGAGAGAGAGAGGGAGGGUGGCAAAGAGAGUGAGUCGGUGCCGCCGCCUGCCUAAGGAGAGAGGAGGGGUCCCGCUUGCCUGCGCCCUUCGCGGGCCGAGAGCGCGAGGCACCCGCAACCUCUGAGGCCUCCGGCCCCUGGGGACCCCGCCCCGCCGCCGGCCGGCCGGCCCGGGGCCUCUCUUCCCUUUGUGAGCGCCCCCUUCCCAGGGGUGGUGGUGGUGGCGGAGGGCUGUGCGUGGGCCCGCCCGCCGAGGGGCCGCGGCGGGGGACCGAGAGGGCCUCGGCUGUGUGAGGACAGGAGGCGGCCGAGGCCCGGGCCGGUUCCCCCGAGGCGGCGGCGGCGGCGGCGGCGGCUCCCGGCACUUCCCCGCGCCAUCUUAGCUGAGCCCAAGCGCUGAGGGCGCCUCCUCGACCCCAGUCGUCCCCUCGCCCCCCCCCCCCCCCCCCCCUUGUCGCAGAGCUUGGGCUGGGCGGCUUGCUGGGGCUCCGGGGGGGGGGGCGGCGGUCUGUCGCCUGGCCCCCUCCUCCUCCUCACUCCUCGCCCUCCAGCCUAGCGGCUCUCUCGGCGCUGCAGGGGGCUGCGCCUGCCUACUCCGCCCCAGACCUGUCGGCGAAAGGCUUAUGCCAGCGUGGCUUCAUUCAUACAGAUGAACCAAGGAUUGGGAUAGCAGUAUAAAAUUAGAAUCAGACAGCUGAUUGCCCAGCAGGAUGCCAUCAACCAACCGUGCGGGCAGCCUGAAGGACCCUGAAAUUGCAGAGCUCUUCUUCAAAGAAGAUCCAGAGAAGCUCUUCACAGAUCUCAGAGAAAUUGGCCAUGGAAGCUUUGGAGCAGUCUAUUUUGCCCGAGAUGUGCGCACCAAUGAAGUGGUGGCUAUUAAGAAAAUGUCUUACAGUGGAAAGCAGUCCACUGAGAAAUGGCAGGAUAUUAUUAAGGAAGUCAAGUUUCUACAAAGAAUAAAACAUCCCAACAGUAUAGAAUACAAAGGCUGCUAUUUACGUGAGCACACAGCAUGGCUUGUAAUGGAAUAUUGUUUAGGAUCUGCUUCAGAUUUACUAGAAGUUCACAAAAAGCCAUUACAAGAAGUGGAAAUAGCAGCAAUUACACAUGGUGCUCUCCAGGGAUUAGCCUACUUACAUUCUCACACCAUGAUCCAUAGAGAUAUCAAAGCAGGAAAUAUCCUUCUGACAGAGCCAGGCCAGGUGAAACUUGCUGACUUUGGAUCUGCUUCCAUGGCAUCUCCUGCCAAUUCUUUUGUGGGAACGCCAUAUUGGAUGGCCCCAGAAGUAAUUUUAGCCAUGGAUGAAGGACAGUAUGAUGGAAAAGUAGAUGUAUGGUCUCUCGGUAUAACUUGUAUUGAAUUAGCGGAAAGGAAACCUCCUUUAUUUAAUAUGAAUGCAAUGAGUGCCUUAUAUCACAUAGCCCAAAAUGAAUCCCCUACACUACAGUCUAAUGAAUGGUCUGAUUAUUUUCGCAACUUUGUAGAUUCUUGCCUCCAGAAAAUCCCCCAAGAUCGCCCUACAUCAGAGGAACUUUUAAAGCACAUGUUUGUUCUUCGGGAGCGCCCUGAAACAGUGUUAAUAGAUCUUAUUCAGAGGACAAAAGAUGCAGUAAGAGAGCUGGACAAUCUGCAGUAUCGAAAGAUGAAGAAACUCCUGUUCCAGGAGGCACAUAAUGGACCAGCAGUAGAAGCACAGGAAGAAGAAGAGGAACAAGAUCAUGGUGUUGGACGGACAGGAACAGUGAAUAGCGUUGGAAGUAAUCAGUCUAUUCCCAGUAUGUCCAUCAGUGCCAGUAGCCAAAGUAGUAGUGUUAACAGUCUUCCAGAUGCCUCAGAUGACAAGAGUGAGCUAGACAUGAUGGAGGGAGACCACACAGUGAUGUCUAAUAGUUCUGUCAUCCACUUAAAACCUGAGGAAGAAAAUUACAGAGAAGAGGGAGAUCCUAGAACAAGGGCAUCGGAUCCACAAUCUCCACCUCAAGUAUCUCGUCAUAAAUCACACUACCGUAAUCGAGAACACUUUGCUACUAUACGGACGGCAUCACUGGUUACAAGGCAAAUGCAGGAACAUGAGCAGGACUCUGAGCUUAGAGAACAAAUGUCUGGCUAUAAGAGAAUGAGGCGGCAACAUCAAAAGCAGCUAAUGACUCUAGAAAAUAAGUUGAAGGCUGAGAUGGAUGAACAUCGCCUCAGAUUAGACAAAGAUCUUGAAACACAGCGUAACAAUUUUGCUGCAGAAAUGGAGAAACUUAUCAAGAAACAUCAGGCUGCUAUGGAAAAAGAGGCUAAAGUGAUGGCCAAUGAAGAGAAAAAAUUUCAGCAACAUAUUCAGGCCCAACAGAAGAAAGAACUAAACAGCUUUUUGGAGUCUCAGAAAAGAGAAUAUAAACUUCGAAAAGAGCAGCUUAAGGAGGAGCUGAAUGAAAAUCAGAGCACCCCCAAAAAAGAAAAACAGGAGUGGCUUUCAAAGCAGAAGGAGAAUAUACAGCAUUUCCAAGCAGAAGAAGAGGCUAAUCUUCUACGGCGUCAGAGACAGUAUCUAGAGUUGGAAUGCCGUCGCUUCAAGAGAAGAAUGUUACUUGGGCGUCAUAACUUAGAGCAGGACCUUGUCAGGGAGGAGUUAAAUAAAAGACAGACUCAGAAGGACUUAGAGCAUGCCAUGCUACUACGACAGCAUGAAUCCAUGCAAGAACUGGAGUUCCGCCACCUCAACACAAUUCAGAAGAUGCGCUGUGAGUUGAUCAGAUUGCAGCAUCAAACUGAGCUCACUAACCAGCUAGAAUAUAAUAAGCGAAGAGAACGAGAGCUAAGGCGAAAGCAUGUCAUGGAGGUUCGACAACAGCCUAAGAGUCUGAAGUCUAAAGAACUCCAAAUAAAAAAGCAGUUUCAGGACACCUGUAAAAUCCAAACCAGACAGUACAAAGCAUUAAGAAAUCACUUACUGGAGACUACACCAAAGAGUGAGCACAAAGCUGUUCUGAAACGGCUCAAGGAGGAGCAGACCCGGAAGUUAGCCAUCUUGGCUGAACAAUACGACCACAGCAUUAAUGAAAUGCUCUCCACCCAAGCACUGCGUUUGGAUGAAGCACAGGAAGCAGAGUGCCAGGUUUUGAAGAUGCAGCUGCAGCAGGAACUGGAGCUGUUAAAUGCGUAUCAAAGCAAAAUCAAGAUGCAAGCGGAGGCACAGCAUGAUCGAGAGCUUCGGGAGCUUGAACAGAGAGUAUCCCUCCGCAGGGCACUCUUAGAACAAAAGAUUGAAGAAGAAAUGUUGGCUUUGCAGAAUGAACGCACAGAACGAAUACGAAGCCUGCUGGAACGUCAAGCCAGAGAAAUUGAAGCUUUUGACUCUGAAAGCAUGAGACUAGGUUUUAGUAACAUGGUCCUUUCUAAUCUCUCCCCUGAGGCAUUCAGCCACAGCUACCCGGGAGCUUCUGGUUGGUCUCACAAUCCUACCGGGGGUCCAGGACCUCACUGGGGUCAUCCCAUGGGUGGCCCACCACAAGCUUGGGGCCAUCCAAUGCAAGGUGGACCCCAGCCGUGGGGUCACCCCUCGGGGCCAAUGCAAGGGGUACCCCGAGGUAGCAGUAUGGGAGUCCGCAAUAGCCCUCAGGCUCUAAGGCGGACAGCUUCUGGGGGACGGACGGAGCAGGGCAUGAGCAGAAGCACGAGUGUCACUUCUCAAAUAUCCAAUGGGUCACACAUGUCUUAUACAUAACUUAAUAAUUGAGAGUGGCGAUUCCGCUGGAGCUGUCUGCCAAAAGAAACUGCCUACAGACAUCGUCACAGCAGCCUCCUCACUUGGGUACUACAGUGUGGAAGCUGAGUGCAUAUGGUAUAUCUUACUCAUUUUUGUAAAGCAUUCUGUUUUGUGUUUACUAAUUGGGAUGUCAUAGUAUUUGGCUGCCAGGUUUUUUUUUUUUUUUUAACUUUUGAAGAAAUUUUGAAAAGGGGAACUGUCAUGUAGGUGUGUAUACAAAUACAUACACACCCAUAUAUAUGUAUCAAGCCUGUGGUUAUAAGAAAUUGGGUAGAUAGGGGGUAUUUUUGAAAACUGCAAAAAUAGACUGCAGCAGUGUAUCUUGGGUCAUCACUUGGGGGCAAUGAUACAUCCUAAGAAGGAUGUGAAAAGAUCUAAAGCCUUUCUACAUAUCCCACAUUCUUAUAAGCCACUCACAGCAGGCAGCAUAUGCUGAAACAAGUUCUUACUGAAACACAUCUGUAUCCCCUUACCAACGUAAAUUGGUCUGACUUCUCAGCCUCAUUUGGAGUGAAAAAGAACAUGGAAAUCCAUGAACACUAAAGGGUUGCAUUGACUUUUUCAGAGAGUAGGAAACAAUUUAGUUCUUUUUCUGAAUGCUGCAUAGAUUUGUCAGUGAAGUUUUUUUUUUUUUUUUUUUUUGGUGCAUUCAAUUGUGCCUUCUUUGUGGCAUGGUGAGAUGGAGGUGCUUAAGGAGAUCACAAGUGGUGUGGGAAUUGUAUCAACAAACCCAUGAGCCUUUAAAGGGGAAGACAAGAAGGGUGAGAGAGGCCCCUGAAAGUUCAUAUGGUAGGUAUGUUCAGCAGCAAGAGUGAGGAGAUGAAACCUCUGUGUCCUGACGUUUCGUUGCUUAUACUGUGAUAUCUCAUCCUAGCUAAGCUCUAUAGCUUCCAAGACCCCAAACAGUACUUCUACUUUGUACAAAAACAAAGAUAUAUAGCCAGUACAAAUCAAAUGCCAGAGGUAUUUGAAUGAUGCCAUAUUUGCAAACUGCCAUCUAUUGGAAUUUUCACCACACUACAUAGACAGAAUUUGAUUACCCCCUUUUGGCUUAUGGGAUUUCCUGUUUACAAGUAGAAUAGCCAAUUAUUUAAAUGUUUAGUUGCCAUAGUGAACCAGGAGUCACUGAGCCAAUGGCUUUGCCAGCUGCUGACUAAUCCUCAUCACCACUGUAGAUUUUGCUGCAUGUGCAGGUCCUCUUUUUUUUUUUUUUUUUUCUAAUUGCUGUUUUUGUUGCUGCAGUAGUUUACAAACUUCUAGUUCCUUGAGCCUUAGUGACCAUUCGGCAUCAUGUUAACAUCACACAACAGGAAACACCACUUCCAGAAGUCUCUAGCCUCAGUGCUAAAGUACUACUGAAAAGGAACUAGCUAGUUUGGCAAAGUAGAAAAAAAAAGUAAAGUAAGUUAUAGUGGUCAGGGAAUCUCUUGACAAACGCUAACUUUUUUAUUUUUUCCCACAGAGGGGCAUGUUUUGUUUUGUUUUAUUUUGUUUUGCAAUGAAGGAUCAACCCAAUGCUGAAAGUUAGAUGUUACUUGGUAUUCCACUGUUAGUGUGGAAAUUGAGUUGAAGGUGGGUAGGAAGCUGUGAGUAUGACUUGAAGGAAAAAAAAAUGUUCUUUUCAGUGAUAGAGUUUCUUACAAGUUACUGUUUUGCCCCCUCCCUUGUCUUGAAGAACCCUUGCUGCUAACUCUGGAUCCUGCUUUUCAUAUAGUCAGAGGACCCCCAGGUAGAAUUUUCUAAGGCCCUCUCAAUGAUACUCUUCACCUAGGUCCAGGCUAAUGACCAAUCAGUAAUCUGUUUGUUGAAAUCUUGGUUUUCUCAACCAAAUUUUAGUCUUCCCCAGGUAUGUCAGUCUAAUCUCCAUGAAUCCUCCCCUUUAGGAAUUUCUGGCAUUCAUUUAAAGGUAACUGGAAGAAAAAUUAAUGUAAGUCUUUUAAAAGGCAAGAUCACAGUAGAACUCACACACACUUUUAGGCAGUGUUUCAGGUAGUGCUCUGGUACAUUGUCCUCUUGGCCAGGCUUGAAAUCACCAGUUUUUAGGUGAACAUGACAUGUACUUGCUUUUCUGUCUAAUGAAAGGGGCUUUUUAUUUUCUGUCUUUUUGCAUUCAUGUUGUAUACAGUAUUUCAAGCAAACUGAGGUAUCUACCUAUUUGGAGGAAAAUGAUAGGAGAGAGCUUUAGAGUUAAUAAAAUGUAUAAAAAUAUAAUGAAUUUGAUACCUUUUAUAAAAAUUCUUACUAGAUCUGGCCCCUCUGUACUACUGGAGGGGUGGAAUAGAAGUGCAGAUCAAUUUUACAUAUAAAACUCUUUAAAAAAUACUACCAAUAAUACAUGUUAAAGUCCACUUGUGGACUUGAAUUAGUCAAAUUGAAUUAUUGAAUUCAUGCAGACCGUAUGUACUUGUAAAAUUGUGGUUGAAUACUGACUCCAGAUGUCUAUCCAAUAGGUCGUUGUAUCUGAUUUGUGUGGCAACCAGUUUUACAUGUAGGUCAUGACUAUACCUGGAUUAUUCCAUUAAGUUAAUUAAAGUAUAUAUAGUUUGCAAAAAUGGUUCAAAUUAAUUGAUUUGUGUGUGUGUGUAAGAUCUAACUUCUGAAGAAUAUCAUACAUAGUAGGAAUCAUCAGAGUAAAGCUUGUAGCAAGAAAAUUUGAAAGGUUUUGAGAGAUCCUAAAGAAAGAAGCAGGCACUUUCUGAAUCAGUGUACAGACUUCAACAUUUGAUCAAAGUACUACUACCUCCUCCCCAGUGUUGGUGUUCACUAUAUAUAAAUGUGUUUGAGAAAAUAAAAAGUAUGGGAAAUUUUACACACGCAUAUCAGAAAGUCAUAUAUGCUAUGUCUGGCAUCCAGAGCUUGGCAGUAUAAGUUUCUUGUGUUCACUCUCUCCCCCUUUUUUAAGUUAGCAUUUGAAAAAUGCAAAACCUCAUACUUUGAUACAUUGUUCCUAAUGGGGUUCCCUUCCUUUUGCACUUAUUUUUCCCCUUAUUAAAGUCAGCUCUAACCCCAAAUUAAAGUAUCUGAAAGUAUUUUCAUUAUAUAGAUAACAUUAGCUGGAAAAUAUGUUUAUAUUUUAUUCAGAGCUGCCAUUCUUUUCUAAGUCAUUUCAGUGCCUAGAGAUGAACAGUCCUGGAAUUGAAGCCACACCCACGGAAAUGAGAUGCUUGGUACUCUAGGCCAAGGGUUUAUUGGUAAAUUGAACUUUUUAGCAUAGUCAGUAUGAUUUUCAGCUGCCUAGACAUCAAGUAAACACCAUUUAGCACACUAAAGAAACUGUCCUUGACUCUCUCCCACUUCCACCUAUUUUUCCUCUCCCCCUUUUCAAAAAUCAAAAACACUUUGAGUAUCUUUUUCAAACCAUAAGGCAGACUUUAGUAACUUUCUACUUCUUUAUGUCUGGCAUUUUAAACUUUUAUAGAAUACAUUGUGUUGGACACUGGAAUAAUACUGUUUAUUUUCACCUGUGAAAAAUGACUCUAUUGUACUUGAAACACCUCCUUUGCAUUUCUCCAUUUGUGCCAUUCACUAGUGGAAAUAAAUUGUAUUAUACCAUAAUCUACUGGCUUUUAAAAACUGUGUUAAAUAUGCACAUUUUUGGUAUAGCUAUUAUCAUUUGUAUGUAUAUAUUGUAUAUACAUAUGAGUGUCUAUAUGUGUGUAUAGAUAGAUGGAUAUAACUCAUACUGUACAUUUCCAUCAGGGCACUUAAGGUUCUGUUAUUUUGUUUUGUUAUUUCAGUCCUCAGUUAAGGCAAGAAUGCAUGUGUUUCUUAACAAUUGAAUACUCUGGGUUGAUAUUUAUGAGAAGGUGGUCAUUAGAUGGAGUCUUUUCUUUUUUGAUCCUUUCUUAGCACUUGAGUGGGUGGAAAGAAAGUUAAGUAAAUUGUGGAACCAUAAGUUGCAAUGCAGUAAAGUAGUGCUGGGGAAGGAACCAGUUAGUGUUCCUGUGAGUUUGUGUCGUGAUGCAGUGAAAGAUAGAGAUGCAGAGAGAAAUGAACCAUGGUAACUAAAAACCACUGGUGGUGAUUCCUCUGCAGAGGUGAAGAGAACCGAUAAAUCACAUAAUCUUCAUGUGCACUCCAUACAUACUUCUUAGUAGUGGUGCCAUUGAUCCUCUUACCCUUUUUGUUCCAUUAAUAAUGAUGAUGAUAAUGAUAAACUUUGCUAAGGACCAAAACAUCCAAGAAAGAAAUUACUGCUAAAGCAUCUAAGGUUCUCCUAAACAAUAAAGUCAACAGGAAAUGGCCACUGGGAGAGAAGGAUUUGGUGUUGGCAAGGGGCUUUCUCCUUUCGGCUGCCUCUUCUUGCUUGCUGAUAGUGAGUUCUUCAUGUACUGUCCACCCCUUCAGAGGCAAAUCUUUGUAAGCACAGAUUUGGCCCCACACUGCAACCCUUUCCUAGGAAGUUUAUAUGGCCCUGCGUUUUGUUCCAUGCUCACAAUGUGAAGUGUCUAGUGUGUAUUCAAGUCAGAAAAUAAUAUAUUUAAGGUGUUUAAGUGUGAAUCUCCUAUAAUGAUGAGAGGAGGCUCUUAUGUCUUAAAAAAAAAAAAAAAACUGUCUUCUCUAAGGAACAGAUCUAAAACUUGGGCUGUCAUCUUGGAGUUGCUUACCAAAAUACAGAUCAUUAUUGUUAAAGAGAAACUGAUUCUCUGUUUUCCCUCAUCUGUCAUGAUAGUGCCCCCAACCAGGCUGUAGCAUUACCUUUGAAAAGGCCCUCACUUACUCUUAGUUGUUAAGAACUGGAAAUUUUCCAUCCUCAGAUUCCUUAAAGGAUGAAGAGUAUGCUGUACACUUAGCAGACUUGCCUCUUGUAUGCAAGGACUACUGAUUGAAGUCUAUUUUGCUGUGUGUCUGGUUAUGUUGUCUGCACUUUUAUUAAAUCACUACAAUAAGUCUACAUUGGAAAUGACUUAAUUUGUAAAGUUUUAUUAAACACUGUCUAGAAAAAGAAAGUGAAGCUGAGAACUCUUCCUUUGCUGUGUGUUUAUAUUUUCUACUGAAUUCUGGUAGCCCCUUUUAAAGUCAGUUGACUAGUUCUUCCCUCACUUACAUUCAGAUUUCCAAAAUUUCACUCAUGCAAGGGAAGAGAAUCCAUUUGGCCUAAUAGUAGUCCUCAGAUCAUAAAUACAUAAAUUAGUAUGCACCUUAUCUGCCUGUUGUGGGUUUCUUAAACUUGCACUUCCCUCUCACCCACCCCAGAAUAGAUAUCCUUUAAAGAAAAUAAAGGCAGAGAAUAAAAACUGGGGAGCCAUUUACUAUGUCACCAUCACUGUUAACUGUUACCCAACAAUCAGAACUUUUUGAAGUUUCAGAGGAUGUGUGCAUGUGUGUGUGUGUGUGUGCGUGCGUGGUAUCUGUUUGAUUGUGUUGGGUUUGUUUAUUUUUAAAUAUACAAGAGAUUCUUUUUUUAAAUAGAGAAAAAGGUUAAUCCUCUCUGAAACAGGAUGCCCAUUGGAUAUAUUAAUCUAGACAUCUGUAGGUAGUUUGCCAUGAAAAAGUGGAGAGAAGAUGAGACUUGUGAAUGAAUGAAAAGGGUAUCUUGAUACCCCAGAAUUCCCCCCAAAGUACGGGUAAUUCAACCUGCACAGUUUCCUUUUCACUCAUAGUUUUUAGCAAUUGUGAGUGAAGAAAUCGUGUAAUUAUCUGUAAAUAUGUAGCUAACAAAUUGACCUAGUUUCUGUAUUUUUUUUGUUUUUGUACUAAAGUUUAUAAGUCUGUGCCAGCUAGAGAGGAGUUGCUGUCAUUGCCAGUUGUGGUCCUAGCAUCUAACCCUGAAACCAUCCUAGGUGACAUUUUUAGAAUUAAUGCUUCAGUGUUGUUAAACGGGGAAGUUAAGUUUAAUCAUUGGUCAGGUUUAAAAUUGUUUGAAGCAGAGUCAUUUUAUUUAAUAUGAUUACAUGUCCUCAGUCAUGAAUGAGGUAGGGAGCCUCCCUCCCCCAGUGGCCAUGUUUACAGAAGUGUGUUUUGUCUAUAAAGUGCAAGAGUUUUAAUGUUUGUGUAAAUUACGCAGGUGAUAACAUUAUGGCUUGGAACUGUUUAUUGGGCUCUCUUGCUGAAUUUUCAAAUGAACUAUGCUUAUUACUGGCACAUUGAUCCCAUUUCUGGAGCAUUUUUCCUAUUUCCAGAACUACAUAUGUUCCUUUGUCAUUAUCCCUUGAUAUGCCUUGUAGCCUAAGGUAUUAAAAGCUGUUAAACAUAGAUGAGGGAAAUGCGUUUUUUUAAAUCCAUGAACCUUCACUUGUAUGCUUUCAUUACUCAUGUUAUGUUUCUAUGGCAACUCUGAGGUCAGUGGAGUUUAGAAAUGAGAUACAAAUAUUAAUGAAAAGUGUGUGCUCUUUGCUUUUGCAUGGCUUGGCUUAGCAUCAAAGGUAUAUUAGGCCACUUGAAAGCAUGAAGACCAGUUGUAUGGGAACAGGUUUCUCUCGGUGGCACAUUUUGCUUUUUCUGAGCCCUCAAAUACAUUGCCUCAGCGUGAACAUUAUUGUUUCUAUAAUUACACAUGGUCAUGGAAUGAAUUAUGUGACUUAAAAGGAUGGAACUGCUUGAUGUUUGCAGAUUCUAACUGGCCAUGUGACUGUUUGGCACAUAUCACACAAACCUGGGGGGAAAUAUUGGAAGCCUUCUAACCCCUGUUUAGUCAUAGACAAGUGUAUUCAGCUUAUCAAGAUACUGACUGCCCCUGUUGUGUUGCCAGAAAGCUCUUCUUUGGUGUCCAUUCCAAAUGUGCUUUCUUGCAUUUCAUAAUAUCAAAGAAACCACCACCUCUUCUCUCAAAAGCAUUUUAUAUGUCAUACCUUUUAUUCUAUAUUAAAUGGGAAUUGUGCCUGUUUAGAGUGCCCCUCCAAUUAAUUACAUCCAUGUGUCUAAAAUAAUCCAAGCCGGAGGCACAGGUGGGAAAAACAUUUUAUUUUUUAAGUCCACUCGAGGCCAGUAAUUUAUCUGACAAGGUAUUUUACCACAUUAUCUUGACAUUUGCUAUAUGAGCCUAUUAGAAAUUGCAGGUGGUUUCAUAGGGCAAAAUCCAAGUGGAGAGGGAUAUGUGGGGUUUCUAUUAAGAGAUAAUUUUGUUAUUGUUUUACCUCUCCUUUUAUGAUCCUCCCCUGCUAGGUUAGAAUGGGUUAAUUCUCCAAAUUUGUUUUUUAUCUUUUAGGGAAAUUUUUACAAAAGCAAUGGUCUGAUGUAAAUAACAUUUUGAAGUAUAGUGCACAUAACUUCCCCAGACUAUUCCAACCUGAUAAUUUGUAAAUGCUUUAGAGUUUUUUAAAUUAACACUUGUGUUGCUAAAUCCUAUUUAUGUAAGUCUGCUAAAGAUUUUAACCCAUUUAAAACUUAAACAUUUAAAUAAUGGAUGGGUUGCUCUGAACAAUUUAGCUUUCAGAAACCCCUUGUUUUAGUAUAUGAAAAGGAUAGCCUAAUGCGCAUUAAUGAGGUUGGAGAGACUAUGAGAAAUAUGUAUAGUGUAUAUUUUAAAACAGCUUUGCUUGUAUUGUGAAGAUUUAAAAACAAACUUGAGAUUUUUAACGUAACUAUUAACACAGUUUUAACAUAAGUUAUCCCACUGGGUUUAAGAGCAUCUUGAAUGUAUAAUCCUUUUUGUAACCCAGGUUGGUUUCUGCUUUUACCAGUCAUCCAAACAUAUUAUUUAUGAUUUUAGUUUUAUAUACUCAUUUACUUUUGUUUUCCUCAACCAGCAUGAUUUUUUUGCACAUGUAUUGUAGAAAUUUUUAAAAAGAAAAAUCAAUACAUCAUUUUCUCUGAAUUUUCUUCACUUCUCUCUUCCUUUCUACUAACCCGUUACCUUAAAGGCCAUAUCGCUCCAUUUGCAUUAUUUGUGCAAAUGCCAGGUUGGUUUUUAUUUUUAUUUUUGCUAUUUACCGAAAAAAAGAAAAAUGCUUCAGUCAAUUGCUUUUUUAUUUAAAAAAAAUUAAAAAAAGAAAAAAAGCUGUAACCUUAUCAUUUCUGAGUAGACCAUUGAAAGAUGAAUGCACACCUGUAAUAGACCAGGACCAGCUUUGGUGGCUAAAUGGAAUAUUUUAACUAAGCAAAAGGUUCUUUUCUAAAAAUGGUGUAUAUAAUCCACAGUCUCUUUCAGUUAUUCCCACAAGUCAGGGGUCCAGAUAAAAUGAGGGUUAUCAGCUAACUGAUAUGUUAUCAUUGAGAUUCAUCAAUGAAUUUGUACAUUUCUAGUUCCCUUUGGUGAAGGGGAAAAAAAAACAGAUUUUGCAAAACCUAGAUUUUGGCUUGGUUUAUUGCCUCCUUUUUUGGCAGCCUUCAUCUUCUCAUCUCCCAAAGCCCUUGAGCCUGUCGGGUUUUCAUGGUGGACAAAGGACCGUGGUCUUUUAAAGCUGGGACGUGAUUUUUUUUUGGUGAGAGAUUAUCAUGUUGAAAGUGAUGUUCUGCCACUUUCCUGAUGACUAAUUUUAAAUCUACACAGUCCUCUUAAUUUUUGGACCAAACAGACACCCACAGUGGAGGCUUCCCAAGGGUUCCAAUGGAGAUGAAGCCUCUCCCCCACUGUCAGCACCAGCUGGUAAAAGUGACUGUACAGAUGUGCAUUUUCCUUUUGGUAGAAAUGGUUUGCAGCACUAACUGGUAAGGCUUAUUGUACAGUAUAUUGUCAGUAUUCUUCUGGUUCAACAUACCUUAUAGUUCAUAUAUAACCUGUAUUAAUUGUAUAGAUUGUGCAUUUAAAGCUGUUACCAAGUUGUCAGAACAUAAGAGCGAAAACAAGGUCAUAUGUAAUAUUUUGUUUGUAAGUAUCCUUUGUAUCAUAGCAAAGGAAAUGUUUAAAAAAAAUCAACUGUAAUAAAGUAAUUUUAGUACA